GAAGGGUUUUCAUUGUUUGAAAGAAGAAGGCGUGAAAAGAACUUCCCGCUUCUCGCGUUGGUCUCCUUCUCUCUCUCUCUCUCUCGCGUCGAGUCCUCCAUUUCACGACGGUUUCAAAUCCAUUUCACGACUUAAUUAAUUUCAAAUUACGAUUCAUUCAUUCAUUCCCAUUCUCUCUUUUCGAUUUAGAUCGAUAUCUUGUUCAACCCCCUCUUUCGUUUUCUCCAACUCCGAUCUGCUAUCUGAAACUUUUUAAAUUUUGACUACGAGAACUGGAAGGUUAAGCAUUAUUUCAGUGCUAGAUUCUAGUUGUGUGUUACCUGAGAGCCAUGUUUUAGUGGGUCAGGUUCUGUACUAGAUAUAUUGCUGGCAUAAUGGAAAAGGAAGACUCUAUUGAGACAAAGAGCUUCAAUUCUAAAGAGAAAGCAGACACAGCUAAUGUUCAGAAGGAAGACCAGGAAAAGGAAGAUUCUACUGAGAAAAACUCAGUGAUUUCUCCGCCUGAUGAAAUGAAGGAGGGAAAUACACCUCAUGGUCAGGAAGGAGAUGAUGAGAAGAAAAAUGUGAAUGCUUUGCUUGAUAAAAAGGAUGGGGACAUACCUGAUUGUCAGAAAGAUGACCAGGAAAAGGAAGACUCUGUUGCGAAAAUUAUGUUGGAUAUUUCAACUGCAGAAAAUCCAGAGGAUAAAGUUGAUGUUCAGAAAGAAGAUCUAGUGGGACCUGCUAGGGAAAUGAAAUCAUCUAAUGUCAUUGAGGAAAGUCCCAAGAUCGUCAAUGCAAGGAGUCUAGACGAAUCAAAUGACAAGAUGGAUCAGGGUAAGGAAUUGGCUUCUGGAAAUGAAGAAGGAACAAAUGAAUAUCUUGAGGAAAUUCAUGGUGAGAAGGAGGUAGAGCCUGUCUUUGAUGGAACGGAGGUUCCUGGGAUGGAAGCUAACAGGAGUACAUCCACUCGCUCUUUGGACCUCGGUCCAGAUAAUCUCGGUCCAGAUACUCAAGGGUCUAUUUGGCCUGAGAAAGCAGUGGCUCUUAAGAACUUUGUCAGGGAGAAGAGUGUUGUUGCUGUUUCGAGUGUUCUGCGUCGCCUUUCAGGAAAAAGUGAUGAUGGUGGACAGGACAUUCCUAAUGAUGAUGGUAAGAACGACAACAUUGAUAGAAACACUAAGGAAGUUGUCGAUUCUACCAAAGAAAGUGAAGCCCAAGAAGCCUCUCAGAAAGCAGGAGAGAAAUCUGGAUGGAAUCCCCUAAGCCUUAUUAAGAUUUCACGUGAUGUUGAUGCAGAAAACAAAGCCGAACAGCAGGAAGAGCUAAUUGAAGAAUCAUUGCCACUACCCAUGAAGGGAAGAAUCAUAUUGUAUACAAGGCUAGGAUGCCAGGACUGCAGAGAAGCUAGGGUGUUUCUACAUAGGAGAAAACUCGGAUACUUUGAGAUUAACAUUGAUGUGUAUCCCAGCAGAAAGCUGGAGCUUGAGAAGAUUGCUGGGUCUUCUGCUGUUCCUAGAGUGUUUUUCAAUGAAAUCCUUAUUGGAGGAUUGAGUGAGAUAAAGGGUUUGGAGGAGGCUGGCAAACUUGAUGAGAAGAUUGAGUAUGUAAUUGCAGAAGUGCCUGCAUUUGAAGCUCCUUUACCACCACUUUCUGGUGAGGAUGAUAUGUCCACUUCUGGGGCGAUUGAUGAGCUAGCUGUCAUAGUCCGCAAAAUGAAAGAAUCUGUUCCUCUCAAGGACAGAUUUUACAAAAUGCGCAGGUUCACCAAUUGUUUUGUUGGCUCUGAAGCUGUGGAUUUCUUGUCAGAGGAUCAGUACUUGGAAAGGGAAGAGGCUACAGAAUUUGGUCGAAACCUUGCAAGCAAACUCUUCUUCCAGCAUGUUCUUGACGAGAACUUAUUUGAAGAUGGCAAUCACUUGUACCGCUUCUUGGAUCAUGAUCCUAUUGUGAUGUCUCAGUGUCACAACAUUCCAAGGGGUAUAACAGAAGUAAAGCCAAAGCCGAUAAUAGAAAUUUCAUCAAGGCUUAGAUUUUUGUCUUAUGCAAUCUUUGAAGCUUAUGCAUCGGAAGAUGGAAAACAUGUUGAUUACAGAAGUAUCCAUGGGAGUGAGGAAUUUGCAAGGUAUUUAAGAAUAGUUGAGGAGCUUCAAAGAGUAGAUCUACAGGAUAUGGCAAGGGAGGAGAAGAUGGCUUUUUUUAUAAAUCUCUUCAAUAUGAUGGCCAUUCACGCAAUUUUGGUUUGGGGUCAUCCUACUGGAGCUCUAGAGCGUAGGAAACUGAUGGGGGAUUUUAAGUAUGUUAUUGGUGGGUGCACCUAUUCGCUUUCAGCAAUUCAAAAUGGCAUAUUAAGGGCCAAUCAGAGACCCCCAUACAAUCUUACUAAACCAUUUGGUGUGAAAGAUAAACGUUUUAAGGUUGCUCUUCCUUACCCAGAGCCCCUUAUCCACUUUGCAUUAGUCUGUGGAAACCGAUCUGAGCCAGCCCUUAGAUGCUACUCACCUGGGAACGUUGAUAAAGAAUUAGUGGAGGCGGCUUGUAAUUUCUUAAGAAAUGGAGGACUCACGGUAGAUCUGAAUACAAAGGUUGCGUCAGUCAGUAAGAUACUGAAAUGGUACAGUAUUGAUUUUGGGAAGAACGAGGUAGGGGUCCUGAAGCACGCAGCAAACUACCUGGAGCCAGUUGAGUCUGAAGCUUUGCUGGAGUUGCUUGCCACGACUCAGUUGAAGGUGGUAUAUCAGCCUUAUGAUUGGGGUCUGAACUAUUAGCAGUCGGUUUCAACUUUACUAUUAGAGCAUCAUAUAACUUUAUACAUCUUCCCUUGCUUUAGAAGAAAACCCACAUGAACAAAUAGUGAUAAUGGUGUAAAUGUACUUAUUUUCAUUCCACCUAUAUAGUCCUUGUAAGGGCCAAGUGAUUUUGAUCACAGAUGACUUGGUUUUAGUGGUAAUUUUACAUGUAAUUUCUUUUUGGUUAGUGGGCUUUAACACUAAAGGAAAUGUUAAGUUGUUACAUUCAUAUUCAUUUUUGCCAUGGGCUUCGUGCACCUGGUUCUGUUUCCUGCAAUGUGAAAUAUCAUUUUAUCUUUUGUUCAAA